AUGGGGACAACAGAUAUCAUAUCCUUGGUAAAAAAUAACUUGCUCUUUUUCCAGAUGUGGACCGAGGUGGAGAUUUUGCAAGAAGUUAUAUCAUGGAAAGAAAACAAACUAAAUUUACUCAGAGGUCGCCCCCCACAUAAAUUAAGUAAUGAUACCGAUGCAGAAGAUGAUGAAAGUCCCGUGCCGACACAGCCGUUAGAGUUUAUCUUACCCAUCAACAUGUCUCAGUACAAAGAAUACUUCCUUACUUUGGAAUGCUUGACUAAGAUAUUUGCUCAAUUGAGCAAUCCAUCCACAGAAAGAAUACUACUGGCAAUAAUCAAUGAUGACGGUACGAUUGUUUACUACUUUAUUUACAAAGGAGUACGAAAACCGAAAAGAAACUGA